GCUCACAAACAGCGGUGUAGGCAGCAGCGAGGACGAGCCACCGGUAGACAGAUUCACCUUCAAAACAGGAAGUGACAACGCGCUCCUGUCUCGUCCACCUGCGUCUACUCACUCCUGCGGGCAUUCAGUCUCCAAUCUUACCGCUGUUCCCUGCUCCCUGCCAACGCUUUUCACACUGGAAACCAUUUUAUCCAAACCCCGACGUAACUGUCACUGCGCGAGCAACUUCACCGGUAGCCUAGUGGUUCGCUCAGCGCUUUUCAGACGUUGUUACGCCUCAAACGGAUCAAAGAUGAAGUAUGGACUGAACUUCCCAGACACUCCCAGCGAGGAGCAGACCAACAGGACAUAAAAGUAUCCUGGAAACUGCAGGUCCUUAUGGUUGAAGUGUGUGUUGCUGCUGCUCUGUGCCAUGCCUCCUGCCAUGACAGACCUGGUGGACAUUUGGGGGGCACACUCGCCCCUGUCCGGUCAUGCUCCGGCCCACAUCACCGUGGACUUCCUGCUCCCCACCGGAAUGUACAUCCAGAUGGAAGUGCCGCGAGAGGCUACUAUACAGCACAUCAAACUGCUCUUAUGGAAGCAGGCACAGUCCUUUCCUCUCUUCUCAGCCCUGGGGGAGAUGGAGAGCCACAUGUUUGAGUGUGUGAACCAGGAAGCCGUGCACGAGGAGCUGGAGGAUGAGACAAGACGACUCUGCGAUGUCCGACCCUUUUUACCGGUCCUUAAACUCAUCACGCGCAACUGUGGCAGAGCUGAGAGACUGCUGGACUCAAAGAUUGGGGUGCUCAUAGGCAAAGGUCUCCAUGAGCUGGAUGCUAUAAACGACCAGGAGGUGAAGGACUUCCGCAGUAAGAUGUUCAGACUCAGUGAGGAGCGGAUGCAGAAGGUGCAGAUGAUGAGCUGCACUGAGUGGCUGCAGACGUCUUUCUCCCAGCAGCCCGAGACAGGACCAGGACCAGACCAAGUCAAUGGGGUCUCUGACCGAACCACAGACCUCAAAGUCACCAUACACUUCGACCUGUCACAGGAUUCUGCCAGUUUGAAGGUGCCGCUGACCUGCACUCCUUCUGAGCUGAUGGAGAUGGCUGUGAAGAAGUGGCUGACAACACACGGCUCCGAGGAGGAGGCCAGCAGGUACUUCUUGAGGAUUAGCCACUCUCUGGAGUUCCUCUGCGGAGACCACCCUUUAAUCCAGUACAAGUACAUCCGGACAUGUCUCCACGCCAAAGAUUCUCCUCACCUGACCCUGGUCCACAGUAGCACCAUCAAAGAAUUAUUUGACAAGGAGAUCUGCGCCAUCAGAGCCGUGGUCAGCCGCAAGACCUGUACCUUACCUCUACCUCUACCUCCCAAAAGACGCCCCACGCAAAGCCAAACCUGUGUGUGGGAAGUAUCGAGCCCAUUCAAGAUUGUUCUAGUAAAUGCAAGCAAGGUGAAUGCAGAGGAGACAGCCAAGGUGCAGGUGAGGGCGGGGCUGUUCCAUGGGGCGGAGCUUCUGUGUAAACCUGCAGUGAGCAGUGAGAGCAGCGGCCGCUCGGAGCACACCUGGAGAGACAGUACCUUAGAGUUUGACAUCUCUGUGAGUGACCUGCCGCGAAUGACCCGCCUCGCCAUUGCCAUCUACGCCGUCAUGGACAAGGUCAAGAAGCAGAAGUCCACCAAAAACACUCACAUCAACAAAUACCAGACCAUACGCAAGUCCGGCAAAGUGCUCUACCCUAUUGCCUGGGUCAAUACAAUGGUGUUUGACUAUAAAGGUCACUUGAAGACUGGAGACAUCAUCCUUCAUUGCUGGUCUUCGUUUCCUGAUGAACUUGAAGAGAUGCUGAACCCAAUAGGAACAGUUCAGACAAACCCGUAUACUGAGAACGCCACAGCUCUACACAUCAACUUCCCUGAAUACUUAUCACACUCAAUUGUCUUUCCUCCGUUUGACAAGAUUCUGGAAAAAGCAGCAGAAAUUGCCCGUGCAAAUGACUGUGCCCCAAUGAGCCGUGGCGGUAAAAAGUUCCACAUUGAGUUAAAGGAGAUCAUGGAGCGGGACCCUCUGUCUCAGCUGUGUGAAAACGAGAAGGAUUUGAUCUGGACACUCCGUCACGACUGUCGGGAGAACUUCCCUCAAUCACUGCCCAAACUGCUGCUGUCUGUAAAGUGGAGCAAACAUGAAGACAUGGCACAGCUCCAGGCCCUGCUUCAGAUUUGGCCCAAACUGAGUCCUCGAGAUGCUCUGGAGCUCCUGGACUUUAACUAUCCUGACCAGUAUGUUCGAGAAUACGCUGUGUGCUGUCUACGGGACAUGAGUGAUGAGGAGCUGUCCCAGUAUCUAUUGCAGCUGGUGCAGGUUUUGAGAUAUGAGCCAUACUAUGAUUGUGCUCUCACCCACUUCCUCUUGGAGCGCGCCCAAAGAAACCGCAAGAUAGGACACUUCUUAUUCUGGCACUUAAGGUCAGAGAUCCACAUGCCUGCUGUUUCAGUCCAGUUCUCACUCAUUUUAGAGGCAUACUGUAGAGGCAGCAUUCCUCAUAUUGAGGUUCUUAAAAAGCAGGUGGAAGCAUUGAGUAAACUGAAAUCGGUGAAUGAACUGAUCAAACUUGGGACCAUCAAAAACGCUCGCAGCAAAGCCAAGGAAGCCAUGCUGACCAAAGAGGCCAUGAUGACCUGUCUAAGGCAGAGCGGUUACUCAGAUGCCCUGUCAGACAUACACUCCCCACUCAACCCCAAUGUCCUACUGGCCGCUGUUAAUGUGGAAAAGUGUCGGUACAUGGACUCUAAGAUGAAGCCUCUCUGGAUUGUUUAUAACAACAAGCUGCUGGACGGGGACACUCUGGGAAUCAUCUUUAAAAAUGGAGAUGACCUGCGACAGGACAUGUUAACACUGCAGAUAUUACGGCUGAUGGAUCUUCUUUGGAAAGAGGCGAGUCUUGAUCUCAGAAUAGUCCCGUACGGCUGUCUGGCAACAGGGGAUCGGGCAGGACUGAUCGAAGUGGUGUCUUCGGCCGACACCAUCGCAAACAUCCAGCUCACCAGCAGCAACGUGGCUGCAGCUGCUGCCUUCAACAAGGACGCUCUGCUCAACUGGCUAAAGGAGAGGAAUUCUGGUGAUGCGCUGGACCGGGCCAUAGAGGAGUUUACUUUGUCGUGCGCUGGGUACUGUGUGGCCACUUAUGUUCUGGGCAUUGGAGACAGACACAGUGACAACAUCAUGGUCCGCAGCACUGGACAGCUCUUUCACAUAGACUUUGGGCAUAUUCUGGGAAACUUCAAGUCCAAGUUUGGCAUCAAGAGAGAGAGGGUCCCAUUCAUCCUGACGCAUGACUUCAUCCACGUCAUUCAACAGGGCAAGACAGGGUACACGGAGAAAUUUGGAAGCUUCCGACAGUACUGUGAAGACGCCUAUCUUAUCUUGAGGAGGAAUGGAAACCUGUUCAUCACGUUGUUCGCUCUGAUGCUAACAGCUGGUCUGCCUGAACUGACCUCUGUUAAGGACAUCCAGUAUCUUAAGGACUCUCUGGCUCUGGGUAAAACAGACGACGAAGCGCUGAAACAGUUUCGACAGAAGUUUGACGAAGCGCUGAGAGAAAGCUGGACCACCAAAGUCAACUGGAUGGCUCAUAACGUGGCCAAAGACAACCGCUCAUAGAAACGGUUUAAAGUAAAGGACCCAGCAGUCAGACAAGAGACAAUGUAAAACUAUAAACACCUUUGAAACCAGUGAAAGGGAAUGCACAGGAGCAGAUUCACUUUAUAUUUUAAUGACACAAAACACUGGACAAACACUGGACUUCUACAAUGUUCUCUGCUCUUAAUUUGAGAAAUGAACUCAAAAUCCAAUCUUGACAUUUCUGUGUUAAACGUUGCGGGUUUUGCACAGGCAGUGAUGGAGCAAAAAGCCAAAGUAUGGAGCCUCUGUAAGCCCACACUAAAAAGCAAUGGACCACAUUCACUUCAAUUCACCUGUACAAGACGUCACAGGUUCAUACAGAAUGUUAAACAGACUUGGACUUGUUCAGUGGUUAAACUAUUUUUACCAACUCUGGACUGUGCAGUCCAGAGUAAGUACAGAAGAGGAGGACCCUUUUAAUGUUUUAUUCUUGCUGCCUCAAUUUGCCACAGAACUACAGGAAGAUUGUAUUAAAUUUUUUUUUUCUUUUAAAUUUUAGACUUUAUCUCAGACCUAUAUGUGCCAGGCUACUUUAAAAGUCUAUUAUGGUAUUGUUAUAGGGAGAAUGUGAUAACAGAAUUGGCCAUAUACAGUUACAGAAGCCUUUUUAAUUUAAUUGCAGUUAUUUUAGUUAGAUAUCAAAACACUGGAAUUAAACACUUGACAGUUCAUAUAGUUGUAAUUUUAAGCUAAAUUAUGAGAUUUUUUUUUAGAUCAUAUCAAUUGCAUUCACUUUUUACUGGGGUAAUUUGCCUUUCCCUAAUAGACAGACAGAUUAAAAUCCUACAAUCCUACUCACCCAAAUGAGGAAUUAACUUAUUCAUGUAAUAUCUUCCCCGGGACCAAAACAAGAAAGAGAAGUGUAAUUAUUUUAUGUUUUAAAUCAUGAGUCAAAGUUGAAUGUGCCGGUAACUGUAUGUUUUAUACAAGUGUUUUGGUGGAGUUGAAUUGGGCAGGGUUUAUUGAUGUUGAAAUGGCUCUGCUUAAAAUGGUGGAAACUCUGUUUUGACAGAAGGUGUUUCUAUGGCAUCUUUAAAUAUCGUGCAAUAUCUGUAAACAUGCAUACACCAUAUCCUGUAAGAAACCUGGAACCCAUUCUUAAAGGUGCAAUGUGGAACUUUUCUGGUGGAAGAUCUGCUACAUGCUUGUCUGAGAUUACAUUGCUUUGCCAUAUGGUAUAAAACUUAUAUCACAGGGCCAAGUUACAAGUCAGAUCUGUGCAUUUUUUUAAACACCUUUUAAUACAAUGAAUGCAAGUUUCUCAAGCCAGAACCAAACAUGUUCGUUCAUCCAAUCAGAUUUUUUUUUAUUUCAGUGACACAUGUGAAACAAAGGACCACACUGUUCACUUAUCAUUUACAAACAAGACAUUUUUCCUCGUAAGCAGCCAUAUCUGUUUUAAUGCGUAAAGACCAUGUAUGUCCCUGAUUGGCUAAUCCAUCUGUCAAUCACGGCCAUCAGAACUCUGGGAGAUUCGCCGUUGACCAGACUCACAUCUUCGUAAAGUAAUGGAGAAGCGUGUAUUCUGGAUUCCAGACAACAAAGCAAUAGCAUCUACAUGGUAACAAGCAAGCAACUGACCCUUCACCAGAAAAGUUACAUAAUGUUUCUUUAAAAUGCCUGUAAUGUUGUUUUUUUCUGUGGCUUCUUGUGAGAUACAGGACACCACUAGCCUUCAAGUCUCAGACACUGGAUAUUGUAACUGUACAGGCUUUUAAUGUUAUGCUGUUUGUUUUCAUAGGAGUUUUAUUAAAGUUAUUUUCAACUGCA